AUGUUUAUCUAUGUAUAUUUUGAGACAUCUAUCUAUCUAUCUAUCUAUCUAUCUAUCUAUAUCUCUCUAUAUAUAGACUCUAUCUAUAUAUCUAUCUUUAUUUUCUUCAUCCUCAAUAAUAUUUCCUUCUUUCUUUUAAUCUUUUUAUUCUUACCUCUCAACUCUAUCACUUGUUUACUUUCUUCUCUAUUCUUAACUUACGUUCCUCAACUUUGCCGAUGUUAUAUUUUUCAUGAUUUACGUUGUCAAUCUUCAUUUCUACUUCCUUUGCACUUUUUCUUCUUCCCUUUCUUUCUAUUUUCCUUCCUCUUCUAUUCUACUGUCAGUCUUCAUAAACUCUCUUUUCUCACUUCCUUUUUUAUUACCAUUCUCUUUCUUUUUCCCUUUUCUCUUUUGCUUCUCUUUCUUCUUCUCUUUUUCAGUUUCUCUCUUUUCUUGGGCUUUCUGACUUUUUCUUUCUGCACAUUCCUGUUUUCUACCACCACCUCAUCUUCUUUCUCCUCCUCCUCCCCUCCUCCUCCUCCUCAUCUUCUUCUUCUUCUUACUCCUCCUCCUCCCAUCCUUUUUCUCAUUGAUUUUAUUUCUGAUUUCAUUCACUGCUUCUCAUUCCAAUCCCUUUAUUCUUUGUUUCUUUAUAUGAAAUUCAUUCUUCUGUUAUUCUUUUUCUCCUGA